AUGGAUUUAAGCUUUAGAAAGUUUUCCUGCACGGAUGCAUCUAUAUCCAAGGGAGCAGUGAAGCUGCCAAGCAACAAUAGAAUACCGACAGAUAUAGAUAACAUCCAAGACACAGAAGGAUCACAUAUGAUAGAGGCAUCACAGAGCAGUGAAACUGCUGUCCCACUCCUGAUUGUCACAGUGAAGCAGGAAGUUGAUGACCAGGAUACAAGUGACAGUGAUAUUGCUGAUGAAACUAUCACAAUUAAGAUGGAAAUGGAUGAUGAGAAUACAGACGAUGCGGAAGGGGAGGGUGGAUCUGUGGUGGACAGCAUUAAGGAAGAAGUCGAUGAUGAGUUGCCAUAUAGGAUUAUCAACACAGAAGAAGAUACGCCUGCCGAUGUUAACAGUAUGGGUGAAACGACGACGCACAGUAAAAGAGGGAGAAAGCUUGUGGUGAAGAAAGAGGGCGAGG